GUGUGCGACACAAUGCUUAGGCUUCUCUUCAACAUCCUUUAAAAAGUCGCUGUUAUUCUGUUAGCAUUAAGAUAUAAUUUCUCUGCCUGUCGGUAAAGCUGUCUCAUUCUACAGCCAGACUGAGGCUGCAUGUUUGGAAUGUAUAAGAGUUUGGAAUGGACAUGGAAAUCCUUAAGUGGUUCCCAGAAAAUGCUACCUCUGUUAAGGCAAAAAUGGCACAAGUUAAACAAGUGGGCCUAUUAGCUGCUGGGUGUCAGCCAUGGAACAAAGAUGUAUGUGCUGCUAGUGGAGACAGGUUUGCCUACUGUGCAACUCUUGCUAUUUAUAUAUAUCAGCUGGAUCAUCGGUACAACGAGUUUAAAUUAUGGGCAAUUAUGUCUGAGCAUAAGAAGACAAUCACAGCUAUUUCUUGGUGCCCCCAUAACCACGAUGUGUUUGCAAGUGCUAGUGCAGAUAACUUGGUAAUCAUAUGGAAUGUGGCCGAACAAAAAGUUGUUGCAAAACUUGAUAAUACUAAAGGGAUUCCUGCUUCCCUUAGUUGGUGCUGGAAUGCGGGUGAUUCAGUAGCAUUUGUUUCCCAUAGAGGCCCGUUGUAUAUCUGGACAAUUUCAGGACCAGAUGGUGGUGUAACAGUUCAUAAAGAUGCCCAUAGUUUUCUUUCAGACAUUUGUCUAUUUAGGUGGCAUCCUCAGAAGAGGGGGAAAGUAGUGUUUGGACACACGGAUGGAAGUCUUUCUAUUUUUCAGCCAGGUUAUAAAAGUCAGAAACAUGUUCUGAGGCCAGAAUCUCUUGAAGGAGCAGACGAGGAAGAUCCUGUUACUGCCUUGGAAUGGGACCCUCUGUCAACAGAUUAUCUUCUUGUUGCUAAUUUGCAUAACGGGAUCCGUCUAGUUGAUUCUGAGUCUUUGUCCUGCAUCACUGUCUUUAAUUUUCCCAGUGCGGCAGCAUCUGUGCAGUGCUUAGCGUGGGUUCACAGUGCACCUGGAAUGUUUAUCACCGGAGAUUCUCAAGUUGGUGUGUUACGUAUUUGGAAUGUGUCUCGAACAACACCGCUUGAUAAUUUUAAACUGAAGAAAACAGGCUUCCAUGGUCUACACGUUCUUAGUUCUCCUCCAAAGAAAAAAUCAUUUUAUUCACAGUCUCCUAACAAAAAUCAUCAUAUGUCAUCUACAAGUGAGGCUAUCCCUCCUCCAACUCUAACCCAAAACCAAGCUUUUUCUCUCCCUCCUGGGCAUACUGUGUGCUGUUUCAUGGAUGGUGGAGUGGGCCUUUAUGACAUGGGAGCCAAGAAGUGGGAUUUCCUUAGAGAUUUGGGACAUGUUGAAACUAUCUUUGAUUGUAAAUUCAAACCUGAUAACCCUGACCUACUGGCUACAGCAUCAUUUGAUGGAACCAUAAAAGUGUGGGAUAUAAACACUUUAACAGCAGUCUACACCUCUCCUGGUAAUGAAGGAGUGAUAUAUUCCCUUUCAUGGGCUCCAGGGGACUUGAACUGCAUAGCUGGUGGAACUUCCAGAAAUGGGGGCUUCAUCUGGGACAUCUCACGGGGCAAAAUGAUAACCCGUUUCAGUGAACAUGGAAAGAGUGGCAUCUUCUGCAUUGCAUGGAGUCAUAAAGAUUCCAAAAGGAUAGCAACCUGCAGUGGUGAUGGAUUCUGUAUUGUUCGGACCAUUGAUGGCAAAGUUCUUCACAAGUACAAACAUCCAGCUGCAGUUUUUGGCUGUGAUUGGAGUCAAAACAAUAAAGAUAUGAUAGCCACUGGAUGUGAAGAUAAAAAUGUCCGGGUCUAUUACCUAGCAACUAGCUCUGAUCAGCCACUGAAAGUGUUCAGUGGGCAUACUGCAAAAGUGUUUCAUGUAAGAUGGUCUCCUUUGAGAGAAGGAAUCCUCUGCAGUGGUUCAGAUGAUGGUACUGUUCGAAUAUGGGAUUAUACUCAAGAUGCUUGCAUAAAUGUGCUUAGUGGACAUACUGCACCAGUACGGGGAUUGCUGUGGAAUACAGAAAUACCCUACUUGCUGAUAUCAGGCAGCUGGGAUUAUACAAUCAAAGUGUGGGACACAAGGGAUGGAAAUUGUCUGGACACAGUAUAUGAUCAUGGGGCAGAUGUCUAUGGAUUAACUUGUCAUCCUAGUCGUCCCUUCACUAUGGCAUCUUGUUCUCGAGAUUCCACUGUGAGACUUUGGUCAUUAACACCUCUAAUAAAUCCUCUUCAAAUAAAUAUCUUGGCAGACAGACCAUGGGAAGAGAUUAUUGGAAAUACUGAUCGUGGAGUGGAAGUAGGUGCUUCUCCUUUGCUGUGUGGCAAAGUAUCCAGGGAUAUUAAACAAGAAGUAGACAAACUUACUGGUAAUUCUCGAGAGAAAAAACUAAGAUGGUUCUCAGAAUGUUUAUCACCCCCAGGUGGCAGUAAAAAUUUAUGGGACCUUGUUGCUGUAAUAAAAGGUCAAGAUGAUAGUUUACUUCCUCAGAAUUACUGCAAAGGAAUUAUGCACAUGAAGCAUCUGAUUAGAUUUAAAAUGUCAAAGGCCCAGGAACUCACAACUGUAAAAAUGUCUAAGUUUGGAGGUGGUAUUGGUGCACCUAGUAAGGAGGAAAGGCUAAAAGAAGCAGCAGAAAUACAUCUGAGGCUUGGACAAAUUCAGAGAUACUGUGAACUUAUGGUGGAACUUGGAGAGUGGGACAAAGCACUCUCAGUUGCACCCGGAGUAUCUAUGAAAUACUGGAAGAAGUUGAUGCAAAGGAGAGCUGACCAGUUAAUUCAGGAGGAAAAUGAUGAUGUUAUUCCAUACUGCAUAGCUACUGGUGAUGUGAAGAAGCUUGUCAAAUUUUAUACUUCAAGAGGUCAACUUAAAGAAGCUUUGCUUGUUGCACAGGCAGCAUGCGAAGGAAAUAUGCAGAUCUCACAGUCUUCAGCAUCAAAUGGAUCUGCACAUUUUGAAGGGAAUAACAUGGAAGAUUACAAUGAGCUCCUACAUGAAGUCAGUAAAGAACUGUCUGAAUGGUAUUUCCAGAAUGGCUGUGCAGUACAAGCUGCAUGUUGCCAUUUAGCUGUUGAGAACUUUGAGCUUGCCAUGGCAAACCUGAUUCGUGGAAAUGAACUGGAGUUGGCAGUCAGUAUGGGUACUGUCUUAGGAGAAUGUGCAGCACAAGCAACACAUUAUGCUCUAGAGUUACUAGCAAGAAAAUGUAUGACUGUAACAACAUGGGAUUUAGCUGCAGAACUUCUCAUGAUGAUUCCUAAUAAUGAGCUACAUAGAAUAAAGCUGUGUGCUUUCUGUCCUGGAAGCACAGCAGAGAUCAAUGACUUACAUGAAAAGUGCAGCCUACCAGAUGUAGAAGAAUGUAUGCAGUUAGCACAAACAGCUGAGACAGAAGGAAAAAGAUUUGAGUCAAUAAAGUAUUAUUUGUUAACUAUAGAACCAGAAAGAGCACUUCCUAUAGGCAUUCAGCAUGUCAAAGAACAAAUCAGUAGCUCUGACUGGACCCUUGACUCAGUCUGUCCAUUUCUUGAUCUUCUAAGUUAUAUACGCACAGAGAGGUUGUUGCUGCAUAAAUGUAGUGAACUUCGAAAUGAAUUGUUAAUAUUGUGUGGCUAUAUUGGUGCUCUGCUGGCUAUUAGAAGACAAUACACUAGUAUUGUUCCUGCACUUUAUGAAUAUACAAGCCAGCUUUUAAAAAGACGGGAGGUGUGUGUACCCUUAAAAAUUGAGCAGCUCUCUGAGGAACUUGAUGCUUGGAGAGCUUGUACUCGGUCAUUAAACAAAUUUACUGAAGAAUUGCCCUGUACACCUCCAUCUGAACUGCAACAAGAGGUUUUUGCAACAUUAGUAUCUCGAAUAAAAGAAGAACCUCUGAAAGGAAUGAUAGGACCAGAUUUUGUUACGGGCUCUAAUCUUCCUAGUCAUUCAGAUGCUCAUGUGUCUUGCUUGACUGGAUUAAGGAUACAGGGUCCAGUGUUUUUUCUUGAAGAUGGAAAGUCCGCUAUUUCUCUGAAUGAUGCAUUAAUGUGGGCAAAAGUGAAUCCCUUCUCUCCCUUGGGAACAGGAAUACGGCUCAACCCAUUCUGACAAAGAAAACCCUCCUUCGUUACUUUAAAAAUGAACAGCUUGCUAGUAACUAGUACUUUAUCUGUAUUAGCUGAAGGAUUUGAGAUUGAAUCUUCUCGAAGAACUUUUAUGAACUUCGCACGAUAUGAACUUUUUAUAUUGACCUAUUUGAUAACCCAAAGAAAAAUGAAUGUAGAUCAUUGACAUUCUUGGAGUUUUAAAAAUGAUUAAAAUGUUUUUGUGAACAAAUUUCUUAGGCACCUAAAGAAGUAUCUGUACCUUAUAAACCUGAAAAAAUAGCACAAAAGAUGAAGCUCGUAUCUUGAAACACAUUUAUGUAUAAGGAACUUCUUUAAGCAGUUACUAUGAGCUACUUAAUUACCAGCCUAAAAGCAGGAGUACAUGCUUCAGUUUUUUAGAUCAAGUUUGUUUUUAGCUAUGAGAAUAUAGUGACCCCAAUCUACUGAAUUUUAUCUUGGUUUCAGGCCCUUUAAAAUGAAUUAUGCAGAUACUAUGCAUGAUGGAUUGUGUUGUAGUUAUUUAAUAUUUGUUCCAUAAGUGUAAAUUAAACAAUUGUAUAUUAAAUACAGAUUAUUAUUUAGCUAAUAUUUUUGAAUACUUAGUUUUACAUCUCAACUGGUAGUUAAAAUUGUUUUAUUUUAUAAUUUGAGGGACUUGAUUUUAAUUUAGUGACACUUUCCUUUUUAUUUAGAUGAGCAUAGUUCUAAAAUUAAUUUCCAAGUAUUUUGGAAGUAAACUAUUGAAAAUGAGUCAGAAUACAGGAGAGAACUGUAAGCUAUUUCUUACUUUUAUUGAUUUUAAAGGUGUGUUAUAUAAAGGCCCCAGUAUCAAAA